GGAGUCUCUGGUAUAAACAGUGUAUAUAUAUAUAAAGCCAGCGCCCACAUUGCCAAAACAUCAGCUACCUUCUCUCAGUACCGAACAUGGCUUCCAAGGUUAUCGUGAUGAUCGCCCUGGUGGCUGCUGCCUCAGCUGAGCUCCUUCCCCGCUACCAGCCAUCAGUCCCCUCCUACGGCCCUCUAGGUCCUUACAAUCAUCCACGUCCAUCCUACCACUCCCGUGAACCUACGAUAAAUCCAGAGUACAACUUCAGCUACGGCGUGAAGGACGACUACUCUGGCAGCAAUUUCGGCCACGAAGAAACUCGUAAUGGCUACGACACUCAGGGAUCCUAUUACGUCCAUCUUCCUGACGGUCGACUGCAGAGGGUUUCCUACACUGUGAGUGGUGACUCCGGCUUCGUGGCUCAAGUUGAAUACGUGGGAGAGGCCCAAUACCCAGCCCACCAGCCCAGCUACCAACAUGCCCCAAGUUACAGGCCAACACCCACCUACCAGCCCACCCCUGUCUAUGGUUAACGUAAUCAUAAACUAAUUCAUGUAUUUUUAAAGGAAUUAAAAACACACAUAAAGACUAACAAAUUAAUUAGUUGAAUAAAGGUUGUAUGCAAAAAAUACCUUCCCAAUAAAAAUUUAAUAGUCACUUUUUCACUUUGUUAAAUUUAGCUUCGAUGUUCCUGUGCUAGCAGACAAUACCGUCUCUAAUAGCGAACCCCAUUGUUUACUUCGUGCCUCUCUACUAGACUGCCAACCGCUACAACAUUCGCCUCUGUACUAGCUUACACCACUGUGUACAGUAACACACGCCAGCGUUUGCUUCCUGCCGCAGCUCCGUCAUGGAGCCAACUGCACUACUGAACUGGUCAUCAGAUCACAAAGGCUGUAUCCAGCACUUUUCCUGAAGAGCAGA